AUGGCUUCCUCCGCUCUCGCUAAUUUCCACCAGAAAAUGAAUGCUCUCCGCAUCGAAGCGGACGAGAGCGCUGCCAAAAGCGAAGAACUCAAGGCCAAGGUCAAGGCCCUUGAAGCAGAGAACCUCCAGAAGGAACAAGAAAUCACUUCCCUCACCCACCGCAAUCAACUCCUUGAGUCCGAGGUUGAGAAACUCGAGACGUCCAUCAAGGAAGCGAAGACUGCUGCCAGCGAGUCUUCCAAUCACAGUCAACAGAACGAAUCUCUGACACGAAAGUUGCAACUGCUCGAGGAGGAAGCCGAGAGUGCUGACAAGACUUUGAGGGAGACAAAUGAAAAACUCCGACAGACCGACGUCAAGGCGGGCCAUUACGAACGUAAAGUCCAAGCCCUUGAGCAAGCCCGAGACGAGUGGGAAAGCAAGUAUGAGGAGAUGGCCAAGAAGCAUGCUGAGCUCCAGAAAGAGCUGCACGACUUGGAGACCUCUUUGGGCGGCAUCUAA